AUGCUGAACUUUGACUACCCGCAGAAAGAUUGGUACAAGGAUGUGCGUCUUUGUGGAUGCAGGCAGUGCUGCGAGGCAGUUCGGCGUAAGCGACAAGGAUCUUCGGGAUCUUGCGGGAUGGGCGAGCACGGGCAGUACCUAGACGAGGGCUACGAGGGCCGUGGGGAGCACGUGAGGUCGUCGUCUGCGCACAGCGGGUCUGGCGGACACUUUGUGCCGACGAUCUCGUUCGACACCGUGCCGAUACAGGGCAUAUCCCCGGAGGAGGAUGAGCAGGACGCGCUACACGAGCACCAGCGAGCGUACGGAACGAGCCUGGACUACACUCUGGAGGAAUACUACAAUAAUGAGGACACGAGCUACAACCACGACUACCGGAGCGGGGGAGGGUACGCGGGGGAGCUGUCGCCGCUCCGGUCGUUGUCGCCGAGCCGGUACGGCUCGGGUGCGCAGCUGGCGAAGUUCGAUGUGCUGCCGGACGGCCGGCGAGUGCGAAUCGACUACCCGAGCAAGUCGACGCUGCUGAGCGACUCGUUCGUGCUGAACAAGACGCACCGUGAGUGGCGCAGCAAGUGGAAGGCGCGCAAGGCGCAGAUCGAGCGGCGCAAGCUCGAAGAGCCACAGCGGUGGUACCGGUACCCGAGCAUUCUUUUUCCUGAGACAAAGGUGGAUUUGUCAGACCUGCCGAUGAUCAACGACGAGGGCGUCGCAUACAACUCGAACCAGCGCGCCAACAUGAAGCGCAUCGCGCGCGUGGUGCGGACGCCGGUGGGCUUCCCUGUGUCCCCGCGUAUUGUCCUGUGCCACGUGAGCGGUCGCAAACAUACGUGGGCCGCUGUCGAUUGGGUGCUGCAGAACUUUAUCGCAGACUCCGACCACCUGGUAGUGGUAGCGAACCUUCCACGGCUGAUGUCCCGGUUUGGUUACAUGAGCAGGUCCGUUUCGAGGUCACGGUCCAGGUCGCGGUCGCGAUCUGUCCGGAGGACUACCGGGCUGAACUCGACUUCUUCCUUCGGUUCUGACGUGUCAGAGUCUAUGACUAAAAACAAAGACGAAGAGUGGUGCAAUGGUUAUACAGUUGGUAGCAUCGAGACGAUUUUGGAUCACCUAAUUGAAUAUAUUACCUUUAUAAUACCCGAAAAGUUGGCAAUAAAAGUGACUGUUGAAGUCAUGAUUGGCAAAACACGGCAGGUACUGAUCGAGGCACUAAAUCUGCAUUGCCCAGACCUGCUGGUAGCUAGUACCACAAAAUACAAGGAGAACGAUGGGUUGCUGGACCACCGCUCAAAGCGCCUGACCACGGUGCUUGCCAACUACUAUCCGCUGCCGGUCUUUGUUGUGCCUGCGAAAAGGAUGUUUUUGCUUGGAAUGCAACUAGAAUCGAUUGUGCAUGGCAGUGACGCGUGCAACGCUGCGGCGCCCGUUAGCCAGCAGUUCUCAUCCGAGGUUGGGGAUUCGCUGGCCCCGUUCAAGCCAUCGCUGAAGACCAUGCAUACAUCCCCCGCGGUCAUGCUACACACAGAGAGCUCUGUUCCCGAGGUAGAAUACGGGAUGGAUGAAAGCGAAAUAACCAGCAUUGACAGCGAGCUCUCAGAUGGUGUCACUGAAUAUGCAGGCACUGAACUGCUACAGCAAGAUCCUGUAGGGCGCGUGGCAAGGAUGAGGGAAACCUACCGGAGGAGGGUACAAAAGACGUUCUCUAAGAUUGACUCGGACUCCACCCUGCAGGCAGACGAGCGGCAUUUCAACAAGCUUGACGCGGUCAUAAACGCGUCCCUGAAGUUUAACAAGGAACUUGAGAACUCGAAGUCGCCGUCGAUUUUGGAACUGCAACGCAUCAUCACCGGAGGCGAGAAACAUACCGGUUUCAGGAAGAAGUCUAUGCUUGACGUCCUCGACCUCCCUUCAGCGAAGCCGAGGAAGCAGGACCCAAUUCCGAAGCCGAAUCUCUCAGCAGGAGAUCCAACUCCGAGACGCACCACCAGGAUAAAAUUUGAGGCUACUGUUAAGGAUGUCGACGGAUCGACGGCUGUCCAGCAAAGCCCCAGUGAUGAAGUCCUCCGUGAGAUGUCGCCUUUAAGGCAGGUCCAAUCUCUGUCCCAGUCUAAUCUAAUGAAGUACGUUUCGAAUAACUCGUUGCGUAAAGUGCGCAGUGCGAACACUAACCCGGUCAAUUCCACAAAGUAUAAUGAAUCAACAGGCUCUUCUGGCAAGAGGAAGCGGGGUGGGUUCCUGAGUGCAUUAUUUGGCGGCUCAGGAGGCGGCAGCGCAAGUAACACGGCCUCCCCUGCCACCAGCAGGAGAAGUAGCAUGAGCAGCAGCGAAAACUCGGGCGGCACGAGCACGGGAAAGCGCAAGAAAAAAUGGAAGCUGCUUAAAUAG